UUUGCUGCCAUACUAAAUUAAAUGGAUCGUCUAGAUCAAAAUGUACCUAUAAAACUUCCAUUAUAUGAACUUGCUCAAAAUACCAGAGAGCUUUAUUUGCCAACUGAUGUCCAAACACUGGAUAAGCCACCUUCACCUCUUGUAUUCCUCAGAGAUUGGGUGAACAGAAAUGUCCCCUUUAAGGUGCAUGAUGCUUGUAAACAUUGGCCAGCAUUCAGUAAAUGGAAUCCUGAUUAUUUUAGGUCAAUGUUCAGCGACAAGGAGUUGUCUGUCGCUGUGACACCAAAUGGAUAUGCAGAUGCUGUUUUAGGAAAUAACUUUGUCAUGCCAGAAGAAAGGAAAAUGGCGUUUUCCCAUUUUCUCGACAUUAUUGACAAGAAGGUAGAGGCAAAUGGUGUCUUUUACAUCCAAAAGCAGAACUCGAAUUUGACUGAGGAGUUUCCGGAGCUACUUGGUGAUGUGGAUGCUGAUAUAGGAUGGGCCACUGAAGCCUUUGGUAAACGACCAGAUGCUGUUAACUUUUGGAUGGGCGAGGAACAAGCCAUCAGCUCUCUGCACAAGGAUCCAUAUGAGAAUUUGUAUUAUGUCAUAUCCGGAAGUAAGACAUUUACUCUCAUUCCACCAACAGAUCGGCCAUUUAUUCCAUACAAGAAUUAUCAGCCAGCUGAGUAUCAUGAAGAUUCUGCUACUGGCAAGUGGGAGGUAGUGACUAAACAUGGACUCGACCAGGUUCCUUGGAUUCCUGUUGACCCUCUGAACCCGGAUGUGGAGCGGUUCCCGCAGUAUGCAGACGCUAACGUUGUCACGGUAACCGUUAAUGCAGGGGAGAUGCUCUACCUUCCAUCACUCUGGUUCCACCAUGUUAUGCAAUCCCAUGGCUGUAUUGCAGUGAACUACUGGUAUGACAUGGACUAUGAUAUGAAGUACUGCUAUUACGAGUUGCUGAAUUCUCUCACACAAACUUUGGAGGAGCUGUAACCCCACACGAGUUUCUAGAGGCUGUAUCUUCUGGAAUCCUACGUGCACCUAUGCAAGACUCGAGGUUACCUGACAAAAUGAUGGAAUAGGAAUUAUUUCUGUUGCAUUAAAUAGCAAGUUGUGAAUUAGAAAUUCAGGAAUGAAGAAAAUUAACAUGCAAAAAUUUGAAUUUUGUAUUUCGUUUGCUUUUUGACUCAUUUAUUGUAUUAAACACUGGCUUUUAACAAUGUUGGCUUAUAAAUUGGUCAUAGAAAAAUG